AUGGGAAUAUUCCGGAAGAGUGGAACUGAUAGUGUACAGCAAGAGACCUUAUCGUCAUCUUCAAGUGGAAGCUCGUUCAAACAGGAUAACAAUGAUAUCGUCGAUGAGAAACAGUGUGAUACCCAAGCGAUUGAUGGUAACCAAAAAUGGCAGAACCCAGAGUAUUUUGACUCGACAUUAAAGGAAUACUUGUUUCUUUGCUCUUGCUUUGUGAGUCAGUUGCUUAACCAAGCGGGCGCAAUACAGACACAGCCGAUCAUGAACAUUGUGGCAGACUCUCUAGACUCACAGAACGGUAAGCAGGCUUGGUUAAUGGCUGCAUUCCCAUUAAUUUCAGGCUCUUUCAUCCUAAUCAGUGGUAGAAUAGGUGAUAUAUACGGAUUAAAAAAGACGCUACUAGUGGGCUACCUGUUUCUCAUAGUUUGGUCACUGAUAUGCGGUCUAACUAAAUAUGCUCACAGCGAUUCUUUUUUUAUCGUCAGCAGAGCAUUUCAAGGUCUUGGUAUUUCCUUAAUUCUGCCGAACAUUUUAGGCAUUGUUGGUAGCAUAUACAUUGCUGGAAGUAAAAGGAAAAACAUGGUUAUCAGUUUGAUCGGUUGUAUGGCUCCUAUUGGUGCCACAUUGGGUGCCGUAUUCUCUGGUUUGAUUGGAACUGAGGAUGCCAACCAAUGGCCAUGGGCGUUUUAUUCUUAUGCCAUCACCGCAGCUAUUAACUUUGUCUUAUCAAUUUGGCUCAUACCCAACACUAUUCCAACGAAUGUCCACGGACAUAAGAUGGAUUGGAUUGGAUCUGGACUUGGUGUUGUGGGGUUAAUUAUGCUAAACUUUGUAUGGAAUCAAGCACCAAUAGAUGGCUGGGACUCUGCAUAUUUAAUCGUCCUGUUGAUCAUCUCUGUUCUUUUACUGAUUGCAUUCUUUAUCUACGAGCUUCAUUUUGUGAAUGGUAACCCACUUCUACCUAAGGAAGUACUUAAAAGCCCUAAGACUAUUAUUGUAUUAUUUGCACUGUUUUUUGGAUGGGGUUCGUUUGGUAUUUUUUCAUUUUAUUAUUUUACAUUCCAAUUGAAUUUAAGACACUAUACCCCGCUCUGGGCAGGUGGUACCUACUUUAUGUUUUUAAUCUGGGGUAUCGUCGCUGCCUUAGUUGUUGGAUUCACAAUCAAGAAAGUAUAUCCAUCAAUUAUUUUAUUCUUGUCAAUGGUAGCGUUUAAUUGUGGAUCUAUCAUUAUGAGUGUAACGCCAAUUCACCAAACGUAUUUCAGAAACCAUUUAGGCAUGAUGAUCAUUCUAAGUUUUGGAAUGGAUUUAUCUUUCCCGGCCUCUUCUAUCUUGCUUAGUGAUAAGCUACCGUUGCAAUACCAAGGAAUGGCGGGUUCGUUAGUAAACACUAUGGUUAAUUACUCAAUGUCCUUUUGUCUAGGUGUAGCAGGCGUUGUUGAGCAACAUGUAAAUAAUCAUGGAAAGGAUGUUCUAAAAGGUUAUAGAGGCGCUUUUUAUUUAGGCAUUGGGCUUGCAUCCAUGGCCUGUAUUAUAAGUGGUGCAUUGAUGCUCAGUGAAAUCAUACAGGGUAGAAAGAAUGAAAAAGACUCCGCUGUUGUAGAAAUAGCGAAAUGA